CACUGGAUCUCACAGCCCCCUACAACAAAGAUGAGGAUACAGGGACAGCCUGAGGGCGCAAGGAGGCGUCUGGAUUUAAAUGCACUCGGUGAGCUCAGGGGUGUGGAGAUCAUCCGUGGUCGGACAGGAUAUGGUUUUACUAUUUCUGGACAGAGGCCGUGUUUGUUGAGUGGCAUCCUGGAGGGAAGUCCUGCUGACCUGGUGGGACUCAAACAAGGGGAUCGCAUCAUGGCAAUCAAUGGAACAGACGUGUCCGCUGCUUUGCAUGAGACUGUUGUGCAGCGGAUUGGCAGCUGCAAAGGACCGUUGCGGUUGGUGGUGCAUGCUGACAGCCGAAUAAUGGGGAACCCCAUCCUUCAUGAUGAAAAAUUCGAGAUGAGCAAUAAAAGGGGGUUUUACCAAAAGGCAGGUGUUCUUCGCACUAUCUCUCACGAUUCAAGCAAUUCCUCCUUUAACUCCAGUCACGCUGUCACCACCAAACAGAGGCCUGUGUCUGAGCCUGACAUGUCACAGUGGUCCCAGCAGUGGAGUGUUUUAGCUGAGCAACCAAAGGAGAAAACACCCAGAGUGGCGUACUCAGACUCUGUGUUCACAGUCCCAGAGGACGUCAACCCAGACUGGGGUAUUUUAAACAUGACCUUGGUGGUCGGCUACCUGAGCUCCACAGAGCUGAUUUUGAGCACUACAGAAUCAGAGGAGGACUGUUUAAAGGCCAUUAGGGAGCGAAUACGUCAGUUGGGAACAGAGCAGGAUACCCAUACUCUGGUGAUGAUGAAAAUUAUGUUUGACUGCAUCCGCCUUUGUGAUGACGCAGGAGCUGUUUUGGCAGCCCUCCCCGCUGAGAACCUCGUCUUAGGAGCUGUGUGUGCUGAAGACCCUCGGUUCUUUUGCCUGGUCACUACAGCUCAUAUAAUAGAUGGCCAUGUACCAGAGGAGGGUCCUCUUCGGGCCUCCUGCCAUGUGUUCUUUAUGGACCCAGAGCUGGGAAACCAUGAGGACCACAAAGGGAUCGCUGGACGCUUUGGCUUUGACUGCACUCCAGAUCCAGAUGCAUUGGGCUGCCUGGAAUUCCCUCAGACUCCCCCCGAUGUCCUUCACUUUGUCACUGUCCUGUACAGUGACAUGGGAGAGGCUGUGGAGAGGCUCCGGGGGAAACUGGACAUGGAGGCUCAGCAGCAAGCCAAGGAGAAUGGCAGCACUGGCAAACAAGGCAGCGCCAGCAGCAAUGGGGACAGUGGUAUAGGAAAUGCGUCCCCCCCUGAGGAGAGAGCAGAUAGGGAUUUCCCUCCUGCAAUCCAAACCCACCCUGGGGCCCACCUCCCCAGCUGUCCGUGGGAUUAUCCUCCGACUGAAGACCUUACCCCAAUAAACCUCUCUGAGGAUGGUCAAAAACUUAAUCCAGAGAACAGUGCCAGCACACAUUCCCUUUCAGAAUCUCUACCUGGACCUGAUUCACUAACCAGCUUUUACGGAGGUCCCCCACCCAGGCUCGAGUUCCAGUUCAAGCCCCCACCACCUCCUCUGCUUUUAGGUAAAAAAACAAACGUCUUUGGAGAGUCUUUAAGAGGCAGCCAAAGGUGGUUCUCUAAGCAGAAGUGGCCUAAAGCCCCAAAUGGUGACCCUGAGCCUCCAGUGAUGAUCACCAACAACUGCUCCUCGUGUGUUAACCUUAGCUCAAGCACGAAUAACCUGCCGCCCCCCAUGCACCAGAUUCCUUCAGAAAGAUACCAGUCAGCAGAGGUCAUGAUGCUACCUCCCAGAGAGGAAUGGACCAAGAGGUUUCUGGAGGAGAAACAGCGGAAAGAUUGUAGCAGCAAACACGGCUCCAGGUUUUGGGGAAUGGGUGUUGCUCGUGCCUCAAAGCGCCGCUCUGCCAAACGUCUCAGCCUGGCACGGUCACUGGAUGACCUUGAGUCUGCGGCUUCUUCAGAUGGCGACUACAGUGGAGUCCAGUUGCAGGGAUGCUGCAGCCAGAGCAGCCUGAACAGCAAUGGCAGUCUUCCAGGAGUGGGCAGCCACCGGGGGGUUCCAGAGCAGCGCGUUGCCAGCUGGGCCGCCUGCUUCGAGCGGCUCCUCCAGGAUCCAGUGGGCGUGCGCUACUUCUCGGAAUUUCUCAAGAAAGAAUUCAGCGAGGAGAAUAUCUUGUUCUGGCAGGCCUGUGAAUACUUCAGUCAUGUCCCUGCAACUGAUAAAAAGCAGCUGUCUCAGAGAGCAGGAGAGAUCUACAACAGCUUCCUGUCCAGCAAGGCCACCAUGCCGGUCAACAUCGACAGCCAAGCCCAGCUGGCCGACGACGUCCUCACCUCCCCACGCCCCGACAUGUUCAAGACCCAGCAGCUACAGAUCUUCAACCUGAUGAAGUUCGACAGCUAUUCACGAUUCCUCAAGUCCUCGCUUUACCUGGAGUGUAUGCGUGCUGAGGUCGACGGUCAGCCCCUGCCGGACCCCUACCAGAUCCCCUGCAGUCCUGCGCCAUCCAAACACAGCGCCAGCUCGGACCGCUCCACCCUGUCCACUCCAAAGAAGGAGGUCAGAAAGCAGAGGUCAGGGAGGCCACUGAACGAAGACAGCAAAGACGAAAGCGCAGACAAGAAACGUGGGAUCUUCUUCUCGUGGUCCCGCAACAGGAGCUUUGGAAAGGGUCCAAAGAAGAAGGAAAUUGGAGACGUUAACUUCGACUUCUGGGGCAGUAAUGGGCGGAGGGAGUCCCAGGGCUCCUUGUCGUCCGGUACCAGUCUGGAGAUGGCCACUUCCUGCUCUGCCAGCAAGAUUGAGUCUGAUAAUCGCCACUCAGUCGGUGUCUGGGAACGCGCCCCCAAAAACUGCAGCGUGAUUCUGCCCAACGGUUCCUGCUCCUCUAUCAGUCUUCGGCCCGGCGCCUCCAUCAGGGAUGUCCUCCAUGAUCUCUGCCAGAGCAUUAACGUCAACAUCGCAGCCGUCGACCUCUUCCUGGUGGGAGGGGAGAAGCCUUUGGUGUUGGACCAAGACUGUAUGACCCUCAGCUCACGAGACCUCAGACUGGAGAAGCGAACCUUGUUUAGAUUGGACCUGGUUCCCAUUAACCGCUCCGUGGGUCUGAAAGCCAAACCCACCAAACCAGUCACUGAGGUCCUACGUCCCGUGGUGGCUAAAUAUGGCCUCCACCUCAGCGAUCUUGUGGCCAAAAUAAGUGGAGAAACUGAGCCUUUGGAUCUGGGUGCUCCCAUAUCCAGUUUGGACGGCCUGCGAGUUGUGUUGGACAAAAUCGACCCAGCUUCAGGGAAAGACAAAUCCAAGUCUUCCACUCUUAAAGGCCACCCUCCUACCAGGAGUUUUUCUGCAACAGGAGAUGAGAGGUCAACACCAAAGGACUUUUCUGUGAGAGCAAGUGGACCAGACUCAGCACUCCCAGGGGAAAAGAGAAAACAGAAAAAGAUUAAUAUAGAUGAAGCUGAAGAAUUCUUUGAGCUGCUGAGCCGGGCGCAGAGCACCCGAGCCAAUGACCAGCGCGGACUCCUGAGCAAAGAAGACCUGGUGCUUCCUGACUUCCUGCGUCUGAUCCCACCCAUCUCCUCCUGCUCCGUCUCCUCUGACUUGGCCUGCUCCACUCCAGAUUCACUAAAACAGAGCAGAGAGAACGGUGUCCCAUCGCGGGCGCCCUUCACUUCCAGUCUUCGCUCUGAAAGCCUCGACUCCUCCCUCAGCUCGAGUGCCAACGGACACUCCGGAACCAGGCGGUGCCUGCUGCCCCCUCCCCGCCACCCAACUUUCGGCAUGCACCUGUCCCCCAUCCCCCGGCCCUCAGACACCCGGCCGAGCCUCCGCACCGUGGAGGAGGACACCCACUCUGACCUGACACUCGUGGGUGAGGGCGACAUCAGCAGCCCCAACAGCACAUUGCUGCCCCCGUCGCCGUCCCCCAUGCUGUCCUUCGAUAGCAGCCUGCCCGAAGCCAACUUCACUCCACCGCCACCCUACCCCCAGUCUCAAGACGCAGGUGGAGAGGAAAAGUCCACUUCAGAAACAACCCCCAAAGCCAGAUCACCUGGCGACAGGGCAGGUGGCACACAGCCAGUUCAGGAGGUGAUGGACGUGGAGGGGGUGCAUCUCGAGGAGGGGACGCUGGAGACGUCCCGGGGGGGGGAGGACUCUGAACUCAGCCUGAGCUUCCAGGGCUACGUGGCCGAGCUGCGGCAGUGCCAGAGCAAGAUGAGGACGGGCCAGCUGCCCCAGAACGGCCGCAAUCCACCGGAGGGCAACGACUGCAAGACUGAACUUUACAAGGCCACAAUUGUCUAAAAGGGAACCCCCCACCCCUCCCCCCAACCCCCACCCCACUGCUGCACUUUUUACGCCUGAGGCAACGUCUUUUGGAAGACAGCGAGUCAAACUGAUGGGCUGCAUGUAGAAAGAUGUAAAUGACCACUCCAAACAUUACAGUGAUAGAUAUUGUAUAUUUCUUCAGACUUCUGGCGUCUUUUACGUUGACUUUUAGUACUGGUUGUAAUUUUGGGACAGUGGUACUUUUUGUUAUGCUAUAGUUUGAUAAUUAGGCAAAGAAAUUCUAUCUUGAUUCAUGUUAGACAGAGGACAGCCAUGGAAGAAGCCACUUUAGGUUCCAUUGUCUAAUGAGGCAUACAUUACCAAUUAUUUAUUUGUGAUUUUUUAUUUAUUUAUCAGUUAUUGGUUGCUGAUAAGGGAUUAACAUUAUGAAAUGGAUGAAGGGAUUUAAAUUUAUUACAAUUUACUGACACUAUAUAAUUCAAUAAAUUAAAGUAACUUGGUGUCGUAUCCAGCUUUUCUCCACUACUCUUCCUCUGAGGAAGAUACAGUUAAAACCUCCAGAAGAAGCUCGACAAUAUAUUUUUAAUGAACUUAUUCCUAAAGCAUCAUUAAAGUAUACAUGCGACAAAACAAAUCUUAACCUAAGUGUCUAUUUAUUAGGUUUUUUCCAUUCCUGCAACAUCCUGGAACUGAUAGAAAAUAUUGCUAUUGCUAAAAUAUUAAGACGUUUUAUUACCUUUGAGUUUAGCAAUUAAUCAAAAUUAAUUCUGCAAUAAAUUGCAACUUGUAAAUAUUGAAAACCAAAACUCCAUGUCCAUUCGUUUCCUAUUUCUGAGAUGAAAAAUGAACUUUGUAAUGUGUGCCCUGUUGGAAAGUGGUGACCUCAGUUGUUGGAUCAGAACGGAGGCAAAUCACGCUUUACUUGGAUAUUCAACUAUUUCCUGCGUAUAUCUUCUUCCUGUGUUUUACAGAUGCUAAUACAUGACAGUACUUCUAUUGUCUGUACUGUUUUCUUCUGUGGUUUUGAGGUUGUCCAAAUGUUGAAUGAUUAAAAAGCUUUGACGGCG